AUGUGCGCGGAGGAUGUCGAGAAGCUCGUAAACGACCGACUUCGUAACUUAAAGAUUGGUGGAAAUUUCGAAGAUGCUCUACGUAGGGAGGUGGACCAAGCAAACUCUACGCCUUUCACUGCCGAGAUCGAGCAGACUGCUCCCCCAAAAAGAUUCUCAACGCCUUCAUUCACGCAUUUCAAAGGGGAUUCCGAUCCUGAUAGCCAUCUAAAGCACUUCAAAAGUAUCAUGAUCUUCUACAAGGCUAACGAUGCGCUGAUGUGCAAGGUGUUUGCAAUGACUUUGCUAGGAGCAGCCCAAGACUGGUUCCACACCCUGCCAUCUGGGUCGAUCAGCAGCUUCAAGGAGCUAGCUUACGUCUUCACCAAAGAAUACACUUCUUACCGGAUGAUCAAGAAGAAUCCUGACCACCUGUUCAACCUGCAAAAGAAGUACGAAGAAUCCCUUCGAGAUUACAUCAAGAGGUUCAAAGCAGAAAGGGCGAACAUCAUUGGAUGUGACGACCGAAUCGCUUCAUCGGCCUUCAAGAGGGGCUUGCCAAUUGAGUGUGAGCUGUAUCGCGAGCUGACCAUCUCUCCCUGCCAAACACUAGUAGAAGUCUUCGCGACAGCAGAGCGCUAUGCGCUUUGGGACGAUGACCGGAUCGCCGCAAAGAAAGCUGCCAAGCAAGCCGAUCAACCGGUUGAGGCGGCAAGCCAAAGAAACGACAUGAUAAAAGACAAGGAUGGGGGCAAGCGCGAAUUACAGCCUCAGGGAGGUGCUCCAACAACUGAGACCUACACCAAGUUUACUAUUCCGAUACAGCAGAUCCUAGCCCAAGUAAAGAACAUGCCUUGGUUGAAGAAACCAUCGCCUUUGAAGGGAAACCCAGCCAAGAAGGAUACCAGUAGAUACUGCGAAUUCCAUGAAGGGCACGGUCAUUACACAAAUGACUGCUUCGCCUGGAAAAAGCACCUCGAAGAACUGGUCGGAGAUGGCUAUUGCACGGAAUUCAUCGCAAGGGGGCUAUCCAGCAAAUCAAAGAUCGUGACGCGGCUGCCAGCGAACCUCCACGAAAAAAGUCAUACGGAUCAGCACGAUCGUAGCCGACUUUAA